CGUACGUGUCUAACUUCGCCAGGGACCCUGGCGGCGAGGCGUGGCGGCGCAGCAUGAAGAAAACAAACAAGGACGGCGAUGGCGACAAUGGCCUCAGCAAGACAUGCCCGAUCGCCGCCGCUUCAACAGCCGGCACUGGCGAGACUGGAGACGACACGGAAGAUUAUAACAAGAACGGUGACGAGAUCGACGACAACGGCGACUGCACCGGUGAGGAGGAUUUGAUCUACUACUACAGCGACGACGAGGAGACGACGGAGGUCGACGGCGCCGAGCCGAUCGAACGCGCCGACGAGAGGUACAUCGUUCUGAGCCAGGACGCUAUCCGCGGGCGGCAGGAAGCGGACAUCGCCAAGGUCACCGAUGUGCUGUCCGUCCCGCCGGGCAUCGCCGCCGUCCUACUGCGGCACUACAAGUGGCGAGUGAUGCGGCUCCAGGAGGAGUGGUUCUCCGACGACCGCCGCAUCCGCGACGCCGUCGGCCUGCCGGCGGACGGCGGCGUCCUCGUGCCCACGGCGCUUAUUAGCCGCAGGCGCGUCGCCGUCGACUGCGCCAUCUGCUUCGGAAGUUUCCCCGCCGGCAGGACGAGGUCCGCGGCGUGCUCCACCCACUUGUACUGCGUCGAGUGCUGGCGCGGGUACGUGCGCGCGGCCGUCGAGGACGGCCCGCGGUGCCUGUCGCUGCGGUGCCCGGACACGUCCUGCUCGGCGGCCGUGGCGCGGGAGCUGGUCGACGAGGUGGCCGACGCCAAGGACAGGGCGCGGUACGCGCGGUUCGCGCUCUGGUCGUUCGUGGACGAGAGCGGCGGCAGGGUCAAGUGGUGCCCCGGCCGCGGCUGCUCCCGCGCCGUGGAGUUCGUCGGCUGCGCCGGCGACGCGACGGACGUGUUGUGCGAGUGCACGCACGGCUUCUGCUGGAGCUGCGGCGAGGAGGCGCACCGGCCGGUGUCGUGCGAGACGGUGCGCGCCUGGCUGGCCAAGAACGUCUCCGACUCGGAGACGGCGAACUGGGUGCUGACCAACACCAAGCUCUGCCCCAAAUGCCGGCGGCCGAUCGAGAAGAACCAGGGCUGCAACAACAUGACGUGCAGCGCCCCCUGCUACUGCCGUUUCUGCUGGAUCUGCCUGCAGCCAUUGGGACGCAGGCACAUCGGCUGCCAUGGCUACCGGGCGCAGCCGGGCAAGGUCAACGCCGGCGGCAAGGACGAGCAACGGCGGGAGCAAGCCAAGGCGUCGUUGGACAGGUACCUGUACCACUACGAGCGGUGGGCGGCGAACGACACGUCGCUGCAGAAGGUUUUCAAGGACAUGGCCGACCUGGAGGGUAAUAAGGGGCUGGAGAAGAUGGCGAAGAAGGUGAGGGUUCCGGCCAGCGAUCUGAGGUUCCUGACCAGGGCGUACGAGCAGGUCGCCGACGGCCGGCGAGUCCUGCGGUGGGCGCACGCGUACGGCUACUUCCUGGACCCGAAGCGCGACGCCAUCAAGCGCAACCUGUUCGACCAGCUCCAGAAGGACGCCAACAGUUCGCUGGAGCGUCUGCACGGCUGCGCCGAGGGGGAGAGGAUGGAGCUCUGCGCCGGCGACGCGGCCGACGUCGGCGAGAGGUACAAGAGCUACAAGGAGAAGCUUCAGAGCCUCACCCAGGUGACGCGGCACUACUUCGAGAACCUCGUGAAAGCCUUCGAGACCAACCUGGCCGAGGUGGAGACGACGGAGUAGGAGACAUGGAUGGAUUCCAAACCCAUACUACUAUCUUUCAUCAGAUUUAUACUUCGCACUAAAGACUUAAAUUAGUGUGUUAUUCAGUUUA